AUGUGGCUUCUAACAGCAUCAGUGUUGCUUGCUGUGGCGAGCCUUGUGGCUGGAGGAAGGUCACCACAUGCAGACUACGUUGAGGAGUUAGUCAGAGCUAAUAGUUUCGGAUCACGAUUUUCAAAUAACAUAUACGAAGAUGCCAGAUUGAAUGUGCCUGACCUGAUCCGCAAAUAUGGCUAUCCGGUACAAUCACACAACGUGAGGACAUCUGAUGGCUACAUCCUGCAGAUGUUCCGCAUUCCGCACGGUCGGGACCAGAACAACGUGCCCGGUGUGAAGAAACCUGUUGUAUUCCUAAUGCAUGGACUGUUUGCUUCGUCUGCUGAUUGGGUUCUUAUGGGACCUGGUAAUGCUUUUGGAUACCUCCUAGCCGAGGAAGGAUAUGACGUAUGGAUGGGCAACGCUCGCGGAAGCACCUAUUCGCGCAGACAUAUACGCUUGAAUCCCGAUUCCAAAAUCAAUAAAUCUUUCUGGCAUUUCUCUUGGGACGAGAUUGGUAAUAUUGACUUGCCUGCUAUGAUAAACUAUGCUUUGGCUGCCUCGGGACAGAAGAAACUUCAUUACAUUGGACAUUCUCAAGGCACGACUGUGUUCUUUGUCAUGGGCUCACUCCGGCCCGAGUUUAACAAUAAAAUACUUUCAAUGCACGCUUUCGGUCCUGUCGCGUAUAUGGCACAUAACAAGAGUCCCCUGUUGAACGCCAUCGCACCGCAUGUUAAUAACAUAGAGAAAAUUGUCUCCUUCAUCGGUACGGGUGAGUUUUUCGGUAAUACAUCGGUGUCGACGUGGUUUGGCGAUACAUUCUGCAGGGAUGGCACAUCCACACAAUCGAUGUGUAGCAAUAUGAUAUUCCUUAUAACGGGUAGAAAUGAAGAGCAAUUUAACGCUACAAUGUUGCCAGUGAUCAUGGGCCACUACCCCGCAGGAGCGGCAGCUAGACAGCUUGUGCAUUAUGGGCAGAGUAUCGCCGGUAGAGAGUUCCGUCGCUACGAUCACGGGUGGAUGCGGAACAUGGUCACAUAUGGCACUCGCAGGCCACCCAGAUAUAACUUGGGAAAUAUCAAAAUACCCACAUUUUUACACUACACCUACAAUGAUCCAUUGUCUCAAGCAGAAGAUGUAACUCGUCUACACGAAGAGCUGGGCGCGGGCGUCAAAAUGCUUGUUCCUCACCCCUUAUUUAAUCACAUUGAUUUCAUGUGGGCAAUCGAUGCUAAGGAAUUGUUGUACGACAGAGUAUUAGAUUUGAUGCGAUCUGUUGAAGAGUGA